ACAAGCUUUUAUAUAUUUUCUCUCAUUAUUACUUCUCAUUAUUAAUUUGUUCCAACUUCAAAGGAAAAAAAAAAAAAGAAAAGAAAAGAAAAACACUUAUUUUUUCAUAACUCAACUCAACUACUAAAAUGGAAAAUCAACAAGCAUUGAAAAUUGAGAUGGAAUUUGCUCAAAACUCUGAGAGAGUCAAAUCAGUAGAUGUGCAUCCAACUCAUCCAUGGAUUCUCACAAGUUUAUAUAGUGGAACUGUUACUAUAUGGAACCACCAAUCCCAAAAAUUAGAAAAAUCUUUCGAAGUCACAAACUCACCAGUGAGAUCAGCAAAGUUCAUAGCUAGCAAAAAUUGGAUUGUGACUGGCUCUGAUGACGGAUUCAUUCGUGUUUAUAAUUAUGAAACAAUGGAGAAAAUCAUAGAAGUUGAAGCACACAAAGACUUCAUUAGAUGUGUUGUUGUCCAUCCAAAUCUCCCAUACUUGGUAUCAUCAUCUGAUGACAAAUCUAUAAAGCUUUGGGAUUGGGAAAAGGGUUGGAUAUGCACUCAAAUCUUUGAGGGACAUUCUCAUUAUGUGAUGCAAGUGGCUUUCAAUCCAAAUGACUCUAAUAUUUUCACCUCUGCCUCACUUGAUGGAACCAUUAUGACAUGGAAUAUUGGCUCACCUACUCCAAAAUUUACCUUGAAUGGCCAUUUGAAAGGAGUGAAUUGCAUAGUGUACUUUAAUUCUGGUGAUAAAACUUAUUUGCUAAGUGGCUCUGAUGACUUUACUGCUAAGAUUUGGGAUUGUGAAACACAAACAUGUGUUCAAACUCUGGAAGGUCAUUUGCAUAAUGUCUCAGCACUUUGUGUUCUUCCUGAGCUUUCUAUAGUAAUCACUGCCUCUGAGGAUGGAACUGCUCGUCUAUGGCAUACUUUCACUUAUAAGCUUGAAAAUACUUUUAAUUAUGAUCUUGGAAGAGUUUGGGCCGUUGGAUCCAUCAAAGGAAAUCAGGUUAUCUUUGGUUUUGACAAAGGAUUUUGCAUUGUCAAGAUAAUGAACGGUGGAGAUUCUGUGUCAAGUGGUCAAGCCUAGAAGAGUAUUAUGAUAUAAAAUUAUUGAAAAUAAGCUAUUGUUUAAAGUUGACUUGAACUUAGUAUAUAUGUUGUUGUUUGAUAUGUUAUGUAAAACAAAUACUAUUCUCAAAUUUUUUUAAUGUGUGUUUGUUGUAAUAAUCUUUUAUGAAAAGCUACAAUUUUUAUUUGUUCAAA